UAGCAAAAUCGGCCGCCCAGGAAAAUAUCGCACCGGUUUAAAAAUUCAUCUCUCUCUCUCAAUCUCACAAACUUUUCCUCUCCCUAAAUAACUCGAAUCUGCAGUACCCGGACACUCACUUCGCUUACGACCUUCCUAUUGCAAAAGUACCAAAUUAACUUCCCAGAAAAUCUAGGGUUAGGGUUUUGUAACUAAAUAAUCUCCGGCAUCAUCUGAGAUUCUCGGGAAGAUGUAUGCUGAUCGAUUGGAGGGAGAUUCCAAGGCGUCAAUCCAGGACAGGCUUAAUGGAAGUGUCGCCGGUAAUUCCAUUCGCCGGCGAACUAUCACAGGAAAAAGGCAGAGGCAAGAUGACAAGUGGGAACAUGAUCUUUUCCAAGAUCAGCGGCCUCAGAUAUCGCGCAAACUUGGUGGAGGUGAUCUUCGUCUGAAGCUUCAAAGGAGGAGCGGACAGCAAGAAACCCAAGGUGGAGGUGUUCGAGAUCUUCGUGAAAAGUUGUCUGGCUCAAUGCAUUCACAACGAGUAAAUAAGGAUUCCCUGAAGCCAAAACCUGCACCCGAGGCUGUUAAACCUGCUAGAAGAAGUGUCAUUGUCGCCACACCUGUAGCAGAGCAAAAAAAAGUCUCGAACUCAACUUCGAGGAAAAAGACUCAGCAGAAGGCUGAUGCAUCAGUUGAUGGGUUUCUUCAAUCCUUGGGUCUUGAAAAGUAUCUUAUUACAUUUCAGGCAGAGGAAGUUGAUAUGACAGCCCUUGAACACAUGACUGACGAGGACCUUAAAGCAAUAGGAAUACCAAUGGGUCCCCGAAAGAAGAUACUAUUGUCCUUGAGUGCAAGGGGUUGAGACGGGGAGUGAAGCUGGUUAUUUUUUCCUUGCUCAUCAGCUUUGUCGCCCGCCAACUCCAUCUCUGCAAUCCACUAUUGGUGGCCCUGUGUUUAAAUUGUUAUAUAUAUGCCUGCUGUCUGAAUGUUCCUAUUUUGGUUUCACAAAUUGGUUUGUAUUGAAGAAGCAGGGCACCAGGUAGCUUUGUUUUGAUUUAGGUUAUAUUGUAGGAAGUGUAGGUUGAAGCUAAUUCAGGAAUUUGUCUGAAAUGUUACCGAGUACUUGAAAUUAUUUUAAAUGGAUUUGUUAUCUCGAA